GCGCGAGAUAUGAGGGCCCUUAUCCUCGCCGCAGCACUGCUUCCCUUCGUGGUCGCCAAGAAUGGGACGAGUUGUAUGUUAUCGAGCGAUUCCCCCCGUUUCCGUUUCGUUGUUCGUCCGUAGUGUGGUGCGCCUGAACUAACAACAAGAUGUCGUGUCGCUCGUCAGGUAAUGUCACGGAACCGUUCGCGAUACCGUACAGCAAUGUCACAGUCAUCGAUACCCCGUCGACGAUACACGCGCCGCACAAAGCUCUCGGGUUGAUUUUCGGCGGCGCACGCAAAUUACUGGCGAUGGGAAUGGGGACCACGGCGAACUCGACAUUCGUACCCGAUUCCGAUAAACUAUGCAACCCCGACAGUCCCCAGCUGAAGGGUUGCAUCUUCUGGCGCGGAGGCGUGUUCAGUCAGGCCGGAAGCAGCACCUGGGCAAAGGACCGACGGACGUCGGACUAUAACGGAAGCGCUUCGAACGACGGAUGGGAUUAUCUGAACGGGGAGAACUACAAGUUGAUGGGAGAGGAUCCCUUGACGGACUUCACUCGGGGUUGGGAUAACGUGGACCUGGGUGACAAGACCCUGUCCGCGUACCCCUUCUCGAUAAUCGAGAACUCAACUUUUCCUUUCGGAACCGGUAUGGUCGGAUUGGCUUCAGAUAGUGUCUUCCUACGGUCGGCUACUGCAUCUCAAGUUUCACCCUCCAGGUCUUGGGGAUUCCACUACGGAACGAACGGCGAUAAUGAAGCGCCUGGGGAGCUCGUUGUGGGAGGAUACAAUACCGCGAAAGCGACGUACAAGGACUUUACCAACUACACCAUCUUUCCCGACAAGAGCAAGCCUUGUCCUCUGCAGGUGAACGUGCAGAGCAUGAAGUGGGGAAACACGGACUUGAUGGCCGGUCAAGGGACCUUCAUGGCAUGCCUGGAACCCGCGUACUGGACCAUGAUUCUUCCCCUAAAGGUCCAGGAGAACUGGAAUAGCAGCAUGAUCAACGACAACAACUACGCCUUCUGGGAGCAGACGUGGGAAUACUUUAAGUACAACGAUACCGCAGAUUCCAGCUUUCCCAACGGCGAAUUGGUGAUCACUCUGGACAAAGGGUUCACUGUCAAUAUUCCCAGAACCGAGCUAUUCGAAACGGCGAAGGCCAUCAACCAGACAGCUGGUGGUUGGAUCAGCCAGCCAGAUCACAUCCAAACGAAAGUCGGUACGGCAGGAUUUCCACCGGGUGUGGAGCCCUUGAUCCCAUUCUUCGGCGGGCCAUUCCUUAGCCAGGUAUAUCUCGCCGUGGACUACGAGAACAUGAUUUUCUCCCUGGCGAACAUGAAAGGCCAAUCGACCGGAACAUCUGGGUUGCGACAGCUAGGCUGUGACGACGUCCCUCCUGCUGCAGACAGCGAUCCAGGGAAAAACAACACCGGCGCGAUCGUGGGUGGGUCUGUCGGCGGUGUUCUGGGCUUACUCGCCAUUCUGGGAGCUGUGUUCUACUUCUUCUUCUACCGUAAGCGCAAGGCCCAGCCCGCCACAUAUGCACCGGCAGCGGCAGUCGAAGACAAGAAGGACCACUCGGAGAACGUUCCCCGGUACACAUCCCCCUACCAAGGCUCGCCAUACGGUGCCUAUCCUCCUCCACCGCCGACGGAUCCCGGCUCCUCGCCAUACCCGACCUACAGCAGUCACUACAGCGAUAGGACGGCUUGGUCGACGUCCCCACCGCCACCGAUGCCGGCGCAGUUCGAAGAUGCGGUUAUGCUCCCCGCUUCGCGACUCGACCCUGUCGAGAUUGGGUCCGGAGUGCCGGAAACGCCCACGUCGCCACAUAAUGCGCCUUCGCCGCCGCUGCCAGCAGCAACGAGAGAUGCGAUCCGCCCUAUGGCCCCCGCUGCGGAUGCGGGGCGACCAGAUCUGUUGACGUAAGCCAGCUGGAGCUAAAUUUAACCGGUUCAUCAUAAUCUAGCUUUCUCGUUUUUCCUAUUUCGGUGUUUUUUUUUUGUUUCGGUGUAUUUGGACGGGAAUUCUUUUACUUUCGGUUGUCAUCUCGAUUCGCAUCUACGGGAGAGAGCGAGCGAGCAAAUUCUUUUGUGUGUUCUGAGUGCUUUGUUCUGUAUGUGCUUUGUCGGAUACCUGGUGAUGCGUGGAUGAUUUCUCUAUCUAUUAAUAAAAAGUAGAAUCUGGAAGUAUCAGUGCUUUCCGGGGCUGUUUUCGUGAUGUCAGUGAAUAUUCAUGGAACAUCACCCGAUGGCCCCUGCUU